GCACGGACAGAGUACGAGGUCCUGAGCACCUUCCCACUGCCUCUGCAGACCUUGAUGCUGAUCAAAGCCAAGCCGUACACGGGACGAACCCAUCAAAUCCGUGCGCAUCUUGCGGGCGUUGGCCGCCCCAUCCUUUGUGACCGCACCUAUGGAG